AUGCAUUUAUUAAAAAACACAGUAUGCAAUAAUGAGUAUUAGAAUUAUUUAAAUUUAAAAUUGAAUAAAUAAUCCAUUUAAUCCAACAAUUCAUUAAAUCAUAGAUAGUCAAUUGAAGAUAUGCUUUAAUAUUAAAAAAUACUCAAAGGAUCCUAAUAAUCUUAACCAGGGAAAACAAAAAAGACUGAAAGUGAAUCUAAGUCAACCAAUUUGAGCCAGAUUAAAACCGAAUAUUCUUCUGCUUCUAAUUAAUAAUUCUUAAAAUAAAAGAGCAAAGAAGAAACGACUUCAUAUGAUCCAAACAAAUAAAUACUCAUAAUUCUCUAUUAUAAAUAAUAAAAAUACACUUAUUCGUAUGAAUUUAAAAAUUAAACUACUGAUAAUUUAUAUAAUUAUUUGAUCCAAUAAAUAGCAUGCAUAGAAAGGUCAUUUACAAAACUUGGAAGUGGAACAGGCUCAACUGAAGGAGAUUAAAUAUAAUAAGAAUUAAAUAAAAUAUGUCAAUUUUAAACAAUAUCAAAAAAUAUCCCAUAUGAUUACUAUUUAACAAUCUCUGGCUAAACUUUGGACGUUUUCAAAGGAAAAACGUUGCAGAUUUAGCCAUUUUAUUCAUAACCAAUAACAACAAAAAGAGUUGGAUUGAAGGACUUUACAUUAGUUAAAUGUAUAGGCGUUGGAGGAUUUUCAAGAGUAUAUAUGGUAAGAAAGAGAGACAAUGGGAAGUUUUAUGCCCUGAAACUGAUUGAUAAGAAAUUCAUUUUAGACAAUCAAAAAGAGAUUAUCGUACAAAAUGAAAGAGACAUUAUGGUUAGGAUGGAGAAUUAAUUUGUUACUCCAUUGUAGUACGCAUUUGAGACUAAAUAUUACAUUGCAUUUGUUCUGGAUUAUUGUGCUGGAGGCGAGUUGUUUUAUCAUCUACGCAAAUUGAAAAGAUUGAAUGAAUAAGAUGCUAAAUUCUAUUUUGUAGAAAUUUGCAUUGGUAUGGCUUAUCUACAUUCCUAACAUAUUGUAUAUCGAGACAUAAAGCCAGAAAACAUUCUGUUAGACUUAUAAGGUCACUUACUUCUAAGUGAUUUUGGUUUAUCAAAGCCUGAUAUGACACCAGAUGAUUUUGCCUAUUCGUUUUGUGGAUCUCCAGAAUAUAUGGCUCCAGAAAUGCUGAUGAAAACUGGUCAUAACUAUUUAGUGGAUUGCUAUUGCUUAGGGGCCUUGCUUUAUGAAUUAGUUACAGGGUUGCCUCCAUUUUAUUCUCAUAAUACUCAAGAAAUUUAUAAUUCUAUUUUGACUGAAACUAUAGAAUUUCCAUAAUAUGUUCAAAUAUCACCUGUUUUAAAGGAUCUCAUAUUGUAACUGCUUUAAAAAGACCCUACAGAAAGAUUGGGUUAGAAUGGUGGCGUUGUUGAGAUUUUAACCCACAAAUGGUUUUAGGAUGUUGAUUUUGAAGCAAUUGCCAAUAAAAAAUUGAACACUCCCUAUAAACCAGAGCCUCUUAAAUAUAAUUUUGAUGAGGAGGAAUUUAGUAAAGGAGAUUCUGAGUUUAGGAAGUAAUAUUAAACCAAUAUGCAAAAAGAAUUCCAAAAUGUUGACACUGCAAACUAUGUAUUGAAAAACUUUUAUUACUCUCGAGAAUCCUAAGUUGGACUUGAUAAAACUAUAAGAAUCAAGGAGGUCAAUCUAAAUCAAAUAUAGAAUUUAGCAAUUCCUACUUAAUCUUCAUCUCCUUCCAAAAUUUAACUAUAAUCUAAGGGAGAAAAACAUCCUCAGUAAGUAGUUGCCUCUCCUCAAGAGGGAAAAAGAAUUAAUAGACAAGCUGGAAAAAGUGAAGUUUAUGAUUACUUUAAAAAGCAUGAUUUGUCUUCAAAGUAAUCUCAAUUACUACAUUAAUCUACCAAAUUAGGACAUUCUUAUUCAAAAACAAUGCAAUAAGCAUAAAGUUCUUUAUAAGAUUUGAAGUAAUUUAAAUUAUUUGUUGAUUAAUCAAAAGCUUUGUUAUGCACAGAUAGAACUAAUACCAUGCCAGAUUAAAACCUGAAAAAUUUUACAGAGAGACUAAAAACUGAACAAUUUGGAAAUCUAUCAUCUCCUAAAACCAUAACUAAUAGUUCGUUGAAUAAAUUGACCAACUUUUCCAAACUAUUUACAUCUGAGAAAUAAAAAUAAUGA